ACUACAUGGAGCACAUCCACUUGUUUUGCGCAUGCACGCUGCACGGUUGUGUAGUAUCGUAUCAGGACGGAGAGCUUGCAAAGCUUUAACUUUUGGUUGAUUUCAUAUAAAGCUGACUAGAUACGUUGUAAAGACUAUGAGUGUCACUACAAACGUUUAGCAAGUAACAAGCGUAUGUCAUUCAUUCAAUACAUCUGCCAGUAACUCAUUGUUUUUCAACAAUUCCGUUACUUCCGGGGAAACAUGGCAGAUUCUAUUACACAAGAAGAUCAGAAAUUCAGUUUAAAAGAGGUUCUUGACACGUUCACGGCAUGUCUUUCAGAUGAAAAAGAAGUCUUCCUUGAACAUUAUGUGGCCGGGUGGCGUGGCCUUGUAAGAUUCAUGAACAGCUUAGGGAGUGUCUUCACGUUCAUCUCCAAGGAUGCUGUCAACAAAAUCGAAAUCCUCGUCAGUCUUCUCAACGGUGAGCAUGGUGCACAUUAUGUCACGAUCCAGUCCAUGGUGAAGUAUGAGGUGGAGAACGAACUUGUGGACUUGACAAAGAGAAGCAGCUUUCCCGAGUCUGGCUGCCGAACCUUGCUGAGGCUUCACCGUGCUCUGCGCUGGCUGGAGCUCUUCCUAGAGAGGCUACGCACCAGCACAGAUGACAGUAAGACCUCCAUCAUGUGCUCAGAGGCCUACAACGAGUCUCUAUCCCAGCAUCACGCCUGGAUCAUACGAAAGGCUGCCGGCAUGGCAUUUUGCGCACUCCCUGGACGUCCCACCUUCUUUGAAGUGAUGAAUGUUGGCACCCCUGAGCAGGUGGUAGCCAUGCUGGGGGAGGCCUUGCCACUUAUCUCUGAGGUAUAUCUGGUGACAGAGGACCUCUAUACCAAGCAAAACCUGCUGGACCUGCCCUAGAAGUGUACUUCAUCAUACUGCUGUAUUGGUCUACAUUGCCCCCAUAGACUGACAAACUACAUUCCACUGCUCCCUUUCUAUUAGUUUCUGUGUUGAUUUUUAGACUCUACAAUCAUGCCUA